UAAGUUACUAUACUAAUAAAUGCGAAUAAAUGUUUGAACUAUGAAUGAACAAGCAGGUUACUUCAAAGACGACAUACUUAAAGGAAUUGGUAUUGCGAUUAAAAAUCUACAAGCUCAAGAUUCUGAAAUGAAAGUUUUUGAUCCUAAAGCUAGUAAAUCAAUAACAAAAAGUAACUGCCAUUUUCGUAGUUUAAUUAACUCAGUUGAUCUUGGUUUAUCUUUUGGAUUAAAAGAUGCAGGGCGAGGUUAUUGGCCUUUCAUUAAAAAGAUUGGUCACUCGUCUGUUAUUAAAUUUGUUGACAAUCACAAAAAAGCAACCAAUGACGUAAACAAAGGUUAUAUCUGGUUAUAUACUACAUUUAUUGAGCAAUCAUUAGAAUCGUACAUUAAAGUUAUGACAUCGGAAAUCAAGCUCAUCAAAUAUUUUUACAAAGAGUUUGCUCUAUUAAGAGACAGUGAAAGAUCUGACAUCUUUAGAACAUUACUAACUGGAAUGGAAAAGUUAACUUUCUCUUUAGACAUUAAUGAACCAUAUUUAGAUUAUGGGCAUGACCCCAUAUUGCGGCACGAAAAAGUUGAGGUAUGUGUUGCACCAUCUACAAAUUACUUCUAUGAAAAGCCAUUGAAUACUUCAAAAAGUACAAUUAGAAAAAAUUCAAAAAGAUCUUCUGAUAGUUUAAAAAAUUUAGCUCGUCCUAGAUCAUCCACAAUGCAAGUUUCCAAGUCACCAGUAAAGCAAAUUAGUUUAGAUGAAACUGACCAAGUUAGUAAAAGUGAUGAUGAAGAUCUUGUCUACACCAGUAAAUGUAGAAAAAGUAGAUUAGCAAAGAAUACACAAAUCGCAGUCAAUUCAAUUAACCCAAUGAAUGAUUCUAAAGCAACAUGUGAUAAUGAUCAAGAAGCGUCAACAAUUCUUGAUAAUCAACCUGAGGUAUUUACUCAAUUGCUUGAUUCUACACACAAAAGUUCCAAUGAAUUGCUGAAUAUAUGUGACCCAAUAACCAAGAAUACUUCACAGGUAGACUAUGAAAGUUUUCUAAACAACUUGAAACCUGAUGAAGGGAAUCAAGAGUUACAACAGAUUGAUGAAGUUACUAAAGGUUUUGGUAAUGAAAUUUCAAUAUCAGACGAAAUUCAUGAAUUGCAUAGAGUUGAUUCAUUUGACAAGUUUUGUCGGAGUUCGAGUGAUUCUACAGAUGAGCUUAUUCCUAAUUCUUCUUCUGUCGCAACAGUAGCUCAAUGUGAGCGAUCAUAUUCCUUUAACAAAAAUAAUAUACCAAAGUUAAAUACAAAACUUGAUGCAGCAAGACUUAAUACAAAAAAUGGAAUACUUUUACCAAGUUUACCUAAGCGUCCUUCUUCAGAAAAUGAUGCCAAAAGAUUGCUUGAGCUUGAAUUAUCUGAAAACACAAAGGUUGUUUUAUCUGUUAAAGUUUUUCAACAACCAAAUGAAUCUUUUGUUAAGAUGUUUGAAGUUAAUAUUGCAUUUCUUGCGGGUUAUGAUAUUCCAAUUUUGUUGUUGAUUUCAAACAUUACAUUGUAUUUUCUUCGACCUAAAGGUCAGAAUGACUACGAAAAAGUUAUAACUAUAAAUAUUGGUUCCAUAAAUAAAAUAAAGGUGGGGUUAAAUUUUCAAGAUGUUUUUAUUUCCUAUGACAGUGGGUUUUUGCAUUUUUCAACAGGCAAUGAAACAUUGUCAAGAUAUUUAGUGUCUACUAUAAAAUGUGUAAUAUGCUCGUAUGAAUUUAUGGAGCAAUUGAUUGCACCAAACACAAAUAAUGAUCUAUAUCUAAUUCUUCAAGAUUGGUUAUUAUGUCAAUCUCAAUAUGAUAAUGAAGAUCCAAGUUCCUUCUACUUUGCUUUGAUAUAUUAUUCUGAUUCAAUAACUAAAGAACGAGGUGACAUUGCAGUAUUAAAAAAUGGUUAUUUACAGUAUCAUGAAAUAGGACUAUUUUCUGCCUGGGAAGAAGCAUACUUCACACUGCGAGGUUGCAUGUUGUAUCGAUAUUCAAGAAAGAAACCUCAGCAGUCAAAAAGCAUAUGCGAUCUCAGGACAUGUGGUGGGUGCAUUAGAAAUGGAAAAAGCAAUGAAUGGUUUACUUGUAAGAUUCUUGGUGAAGAUGGUAUAACACCUAUAAUGGAGUUGGCUGCGUUUGAUGAAAAUGAGAUAAAUGAAUGGAUAUUUGCUAUAUGUCAAGUUGUUGCUGAUUCAAAGCACGACUGUGGUAAAAAAGCAGAAGAAGCUGGUAAUCAAAGUAACCUACAACAAUAUGGGGAUAACCUACUGCCAUGCGGUGUUCUUAUGACUAAUGAUAAGAUUAUAAUCUUCAAUCAGGAUAUCAAAUCUGGAUCUUUGAUAGUGAAAGAUUCCUUUUGUAUUAAGGAUAUUACUCAAGUUUAUGUAGAUAACUGUGAUAGAACAUUUUGUGCACUGGCUUUAGAACAGAAUUUUGAAGAAAACGUAAAAGUAGAAAAGCGAAUAGUUUUGGCUAAAUUUCAUUCAGAGUUUGAAUUAGGAAAGUUUGAGAAGGAGUUAGCCCCUCGCUGGAAUAUUCUUUAUCAAGUUCCUUUGCAGUUUGUUCUUGUAAAUGAUGAGUUGAAAAAAACGAUAAAUCGCACUUUGAAUAAUCGAGACAAUAAAUAUUUUGAUAUAGGACUUGAACUGUUAAGGGAACUAAUAAUAAACUAAUUAAAUAUUUCUAUAAACAUAUUUACAACCAACUGAAAUGUAAACAUAUAUGCAACCGACUGAAAUGCAAACACAUUUACAACCGACUAAAAUGUAAACAUUUACACCCUACUGAAAUGUAAACAUAAUUACAAAAAACCUAAAGAUCUAAUUUUUUAUAAACAUAUUUACCAACUGAAAAAUCUUAUUUUGAGUAUAAGUGAUCACAGCUUAAAGUUUGAGAAACAAAAAAAAUGUUUAUUUUUUUAUUUAAAACUAAAAAAUUAUUUUUUUGAUACUCUGAUAAUCUAUUAAACUCGAAAUUUGACUGAAAUUAAAAUUAAAAUAUUUUGUAAAGUACACAUAUCAUUCUUUAUGCGCCCAUGCCUCUUUGUUGUUCUAUAUUAAUGCUUGUUUUUUAUAUUUGAUUUAAAAAGCUGUAAAUAUUAGUGUUUUUACUAUCAUUAUAUAGUUAUCAAUAAUUUAUUUUUAAAAGAUUUCUGCUAUUGGUUAUACCAAAUAUUUUUCCAUUUGUUUUUUUGUUUUUUUUAUACGUGUGCAUGCCACUA